AUGGAGGGGCCAGUGCUGACACUGGGGCUGCUGGCUGCCCUGGCGGUGUGUGGCAGCUGGGGGCUGAACGAGGAGGAGCGGCUGAUCCGGCACCUGUUUCAAGAGAAGGGCUACAACAAGGAGCUCCGGCCCGUGGCACACAAAGAGGAGAGUGUGGACAUUGCCCUGGCCCUCACACUCUCCAACCUCAUCUCCCUGAAAGAAGUUGAGGAGACCCUCACUACCAAUGUGUGGAUAGAGCACGGCUGGACAGACAACCGGCUGAAGUGGAAUGCUGAAGAAUUUGGAAACAUCAGUGUCCUGCGCCUCCCCCCGGACAUGGUGUGGCUCCCAGAGAUUGUGCUGGAGAACAACAAUGAUGGCUCCUUCCAGAUCUCCUACUCCUGCAACGUGCUUGUCUACGCCUACGGCUUCGUGUACUGGCUGCCACCUGCCAUCUUCCGCUCCUCCUGCCCCAUCUCUGUCACCUAUUUCCCCUUCGACUGGCAGAACUGCUCCCUCAAGUUCAGUUCCCUCAAGUAUACGGCCAAAGAGAUCACCCUGAGCCUGAAACAGGAUGCCAAGGAGAACCGCACCUACCCCGUGGAGUGGAUCAUCAUUGAUCCUGAAGGCUUCACAGAGAACGGGGAGUGGGAGAUAGUCCACCGGCCGGCCAGGGUCAACGUGGACCCCAGAGCCCCUCUGGACAGCCCCAGCCGCCAGGACAUCACCUUCUACCUCAUCAUCCGCCGCAAGCCCCUCUUCUACAUCAUCAACAUCCUGGUGCCCUGCGUGCUCAUCUCCUUCAUGGUCAACCUGGUCUUCUACCUACCGGCCGACAGUGGCGAGAAGACAUCAGUGGCCAUCUCGGUGCUCCUGGCUCAGUCUGUCUUCCUGCUGCUCAUCUCCAAGCGUCUGCCCGCCACAUCCAUGGCCAUCCCCCUUAUCGGCAAGUUCCUGCUCUUCGGCAUGGUGCUGGUCACCAUGGUUGUGGUGAUCUGUGUCAUCGUGCUCAACAUCCACUUCCGAACACCCAGCACCCAUGUGCUGUCUGAGGGGGUCAAGAAGCUCUUCCUGGAGACCCUGCCAGAGCUCCUGCACAUGUCCCGCCCAGCAGAGGAUGGACCCAGCCCUGGGGCCCUGGUGCGGAGGAGCAGCUCCCUGGGAUACAUCUCCAAGGCCGAGGAGUACUUCCUGCUCAAGUCCCGCAGUGACCUCAUGUUCGAGAAGCAGUCAGAGCGGCAUGGGCUGGCCAGGCGCCUCACCACUGCACGCCGACCCCCAGCAAGCUCUGAGCAGGCCCAGCAGGAACUCUUCAAUGAGCUGAAGCCAGCUGUGGAUGGGGCAAACUUCAUUGUUAACCACAUGAGGGACCAGAACAAUUACAAUGAGGAGAAAGACAGCUGGAACCGAGUGGCCCGCACAGUGGACCGCCUCUGCCUGUUUGUGGUGACGCCUGUCAUGGUGGUGGGCACAGCCUGGAUCUUCCUGCAGGGCGUUUACAACCAGCCACCACCCCAGCCUUUUCCUGGGGACCCCUACUCCUACAAUGUGCAGGACAAGCGCUUCAUCUAGGGUGGGCCUGUGGGGGAGCCAGGAUACAGCAGGGUCUGAGAGAGGAGCCACGGUCCCUAAUGACACCCACUCCUAGCCCUGAGGCUCGUGCCCCUCAGACUGGGGAAGAGUCCAAGGAAGGGAGGGAGCAGCCACUCCUCAAUGCUCAGUGGCUCCCCUGAAAUCAAGACAGGGGCCACCUGAGACGGUCUGAGGGUGGACAUCGGCUACAGCGGGUGGGCAGGACGAUUUGGGGGGAGGCCUGAGGCUGGCUCAGGGGCCAGGGGAGAGGCCACUCAGGGUGGCCUCAGGGGGAGAGCUCUGAUAGGGGUGAGACAGAUAGGGCCCCUUCUCUGCUUCUCCUCCCCCAAGGUGUGGGGGAGAGCUCUGAUAGGGGUGAGACAGAUAGGGCCCCUUCUCUGCUUCUCCUCCCCCAAGGUGUGGGGUAGAGCAGGCAGGAAUCUGCGCCUUCACUCUCUGGCCCCUCCAGCCUCCCUCUUCCCACCUACCCUUCAACCUCAGGCUUCUGAGGCCUUGCCUGGGACUGAGGUUGAGGACACCUCCCUCCCUCCAGACCCCAGAGUAUCCUUUCCUAGCUCUUUCUGCCUUGACCUCUCUGCCUAGGUCCCUUUGGGAAGUUGAGGACUGGAGUGGAAAGGUCAGGAUCGACAUCCACAAAGACUUGGGGUCAGCCUGAGGUUGCACACACAAUCCUAGAGGACCAGAAUGCAGCACCUCUCCCCAAAGGGUCCCUGCCCCCCAGCACCUACUCCUCUCCAAAGUAGGGUUGUCAUGCAUUAUUUGGGGCAUACAUAUUCUAAAAAAUCAUUCAUUGUUUCUCUGAAAUUUGUCCUGUAUUUUUAUUUGCUAAAUCUAGCAACCCUAUCCCAAAGGCAGCCUCCACUCAAUCUUAUCCUGAGGGCCAAAGGCCAAGGCUGCAGGAAUUGGGAGACAAGGGUCUGUUUGUAUGGCAGUCCACCUCCAAGAUGGCCCCAGUGAUGCCCAGUAUUCACAACCUUGUGCAGUCCCCUCACUCUGUACCAGGGUGGGUCUGGGUAACCAAUAGAAUGAGGCAGAAGUGAUGGUACCUCACUUCCCAGAUUUGGUUAGGAAAGACACUAUGGCCUCUUUCUUGCUCAUUAGCCCUCAUUCUCACAUCAGUUGGAUCUCUCACUUUGGGGAAGCCAGCUGGCAUGUUGAGGAGCCCUAUGGAGAGGCCCACAUGGCAAGGAACUAAGGCCUCCUGCCAACAGCCACGUGAGUGAAUGUGGAAGUGGAUCCUCUGCCCCAGUAGGGCCUUCGGAUGAGAUCACAGCCCAGUAGACAUCUUAUGUGCAGCCCCAUGAAAGUCCCUAAGCCAGAACCACCAGCUAAGUGACUCCUGGAUUCCUGACCCCCAGAAACUGUGUGAGAUAAUAAAUGUGUGUUGUUU